CAGGACGACGGAGCAUCAUCAAACCUGAACACAUCUCUCCUUCUCCUCCAGGCCCAGAAACUGAGGUUCUCCUAACCUCAUCCCUCCUUAGGUGCAGAAGUGUUUUAUAAGCGCAAACUCCUCCUGGGAUGGAGCAGAGGGCUGUCAAUUCCAGAAUAUCGCCUCAUUGCCACUGUCCCUGCUUCUGGAGUGCGCUUUGAUGCAAUCAAUAGAUUUCUACUGGUUUAUCUAUGGACAAACCCACAUUAGGGAAGACCCAACUCCAGUCAGGAGCCUCACAAACCAGAACAUCCACAAACAAUGAACCAACACUACUAACACAACAGUGCCUACAACAACAAGGAAAACGAAGGCUUCUCAAAGCCAGCCAGGGGUAGCACAAUCAACACAGAGGGGUAUAAAGGUUCCAACCACUCAGAACACCUGGCACGACCACUCACUCACUCAGUCACUCACUCACUCACAUCUCCCCCAGCUCACCUCCUCCGCACCCCAGCAUGGCCACAUCCACCAUGUCCAUCUGCUCCAGCACUUGCUCUGACUCCUGGCAGGUGGACGACUGCCCAGAGAGCUGCUGUGAGCCCCCCUGCUGUGCCCCCAGCUGCUGCGCCCCGGCCCCCUGCCUGACCCUGUUCUGCACCCCAGUGAGCUGUGUGUCCAGCCCCUGCUGCCAGGUGGCCUGUGAGCCCAGCCCCUGCCAAUCAGGCUGCACCAGCUCCUGCACACCCUCGUGCUGCCAGCAGUCUAGCUGCCAGCCGGCUUGCUGCACCUCCUCCCCCUGCCAGCAGUCCUGCUGCAUGCCUGUCUGCUGCAAGCCCGUCUGCUGUGUGCCCGUCUGCUGCAAGCCUGUGUGCUGUGUGCCUACCUGCUCUGAGGAUUCCUCUUCAUGCUGCCAGCAGUCUAGCUGCCAGCCAGCUUGCUGUGCCUCUUCCUCCUGCCAGCAGGCCUGCUGCGUGCCCGUCUGCUGCAAGCCCGUGUGCUGUGUGCCCACCUGCUCUGAGGAUUCCUCUUCAUGCUGCCAGCAGUCUAGCUGCCAGCCAGCUUGCUGCACCUCCUCCCCGUGUCAGCAGGCCUGCUGUGUGCCCGUCUGCUGCAAGCCUGUCUGCUGCAAGUCUGUCUGCUGUGUGCCCGUCUGCUCUGGGGCUUCUACUUCAUGCUGCCAGCAGUCUAGCUGCCAGCCAGCUUGCUGCACCUCCUCUCCGUGUCAGCAGUCCUCCUGUGUGCCUAUCUGCUGCAAGCCUGUCUGCUGCAAGUCCGUCUGCUGUGUGCCCGUCUGCUCUGGGGCUUCCACUUCAUGCUGCCAGCAAUCUAGCUGCCAGCCGGCUUGUUGCACCACCUCCUGCUGCAGACCCUCCUCCUCUGUGUCCCUCCUCUGCCGCCCUGUGUGCAGGCCCGCCUGCUGUGUGCCCGUCUCCUCCUGCUGUGCCCCCACCUCCUCCUGCCAGACCAGUUGCUGCCGCCCGGCCUCCUGCGUGUCCCUCCUCUGCCGCCCCGUGUGCUCCCACCUCUCUUCCGCGUGCUGCGGCCUCUCCUCAGGCCAGAAGUCCAGCUGCUGACGGGCAGGUCCUGUUUCUCCAGAGUUGUUCCAGGGCCAUCUCUGACUUCCGAAAAUCCUUGCAGCCCUGAGCCCUGUCUGAGUCUCCUCUGCCCAGAGCCACUGCACCUCCAGCCGGCAACGCUGAGCCUUCAUGCUGAGUUCCCUCCAGGCAUGCAUCUCUCCCACACCCUCAUCUCCAUCCUGGCCAGCCGGUGGUCGCUGCGUCCUGCCCCAUGUGUGUGAUCAGUCUGUCAACGAAUAAAGUCACCACUGUGCCCUCUCA